AUGGAUUCCACUCGCAAGGCCCCUAAAUCCUUCAAACCAUAUCGGGCUCGGAAAAAAUCCAUAAGAAGCACUAAACGCAACAGGAAACUAGCUGGAGCUGGAACCUACAAGAAGAAGAAGAAACCUGGAACUAAGUCAAAGCAAGCUUAUGCUAAAGAUACACAUGAUUCUCCUACGAUUUCACAGAUUUUAGCGCCAUUAGUACCCGUAUCUGUUGAGGCUGCAGAAAAGAAUCAGCAGCCCAUUAAUAUCAUUGAUGUAGUGGAAUACUCUAACCCCGCAAAAAAUGAUGGCGAUUACAAGACUAGCGCCGGGUUUUGUGCUGGUGUGAAGAUUCCCGCAAUCGCGUUUGAACCUCCCGCAUGGGCAUGGGACUGGGCAUGUGAGCCUAAUACGCUGGGAUCUAUGACAAUUGCAGCAUCAGCAAGUACAACACCAUCAACACCAAGCUUGAUCAUAGAAUUACAAGGCAGGCAAAAGAGUUCAAUGGAGAGUAUUACUAGUGAUGAGGCUUUAUGGGCUGCUGCUGCGAUCAGUAUUGGAACCCGUAAUUGCACCAGUAAACUUAACAAUAAAUUUUCUAGCAGUGAAGAUGGGUGUGAACUAGAUUUAGACGCUCAAAGCUCGGAGUGUCCAUUGGCGUCGCAGUUAUUGAGAAUCAGGAGAUUUCCACGUGGGACCCUAUCCCAAAAUGUGGGAAUCGAGGGGGUAUUUGCGCUUGAAAAAUCACCCGGUCGGAACAUGACUACUACAAUUGAAGAAAACAAAGAAGGGGAAAACCCCCAAGAUCAUGAACAAGAACAAAAGCAAGAAGAGAAAGAAAAAAAGCUACAUGAAGAGAAUUUAAAGAUUUUGACGCGUGAAAAAAUGAAAAUGAAAAGAAUUCAUCAAUCUAACAAGGAGUUUUUGAAGCAUUAUCAAGACGCUUGUUGUAAUGAUAAAUUUGCAGAAAAUGCACAAAUUUUACUAGUGCCGGCAUACGGCGAAAGCUAUAAUAAUGUUGCCACAGUUAGUAGUACGAAUACUAAAAUUGCAAAAAGCAUCCCUAGUCUGCACUGUUACGAGAACUUGGAAAAAGAAGAUAAGCGUAAUGCAACAUUCAAUUUUGGGUCGUCUGCAAUUUCAACCACUGAUAACAAGACUGAUGGUGUCAUAUCGCCAGACUGGUCUUUACAUGCACAUGAUGGGGGAUCAAUCAAGAAUGACGAAGAAGUGGCAAGCAUAUUUGACAGUAGUAAGACAGAUCAAUGUCUGGCCUUUUCAAAAAAUAUAAAGCUACAAAGGCAACUCUCGUCUGGAUCUCUGGAGUUUGGAGGCGCUGUGUCGUCCCUUGGUUCAGCAUUCCCAAGAAGCCCAUUAAGUCGCAGCAGCACAAUUGAGAAUGGAAGAUCUUUUGCAGAUACUGGUAGACCUAAAAGCACUCAAAAAAGUGAUUGGAAAACUCUGCAUGAUUGCGGUAAUAAUUUAUCAUUCCAGGUUCCUUGUUCUUUGAAAAAUUCUGAUGAAGCUGCACUUUUGCAAUUACCACCACUACUACCACCAUUGCAGUUUGACCCUAAUAGUGCAGCACUAGCACUCCAAGCUCGCACUAUGUCAGAUCAGUUUUCCUACUAUUGGCCUUCACCAUCAUCUUCCGCUGCCGUGCCUUCUCCUGCCGUGCCGUCGUCGUCCGAGUCCUCUGACGGUUUUUAUUUCCCUCCACAACCUCCCCUAACACAAUCAGUGCUGUCAGGUGAAUUAUUUUCCCGAGGGGCUUCUGCAGGCACGGAUGCACUAUUACCACAGUGCAGUAGGGCUGGCAUGAUGGUAGGAGGUGUUGCGGCAGCAACAGUCCAAAAUGGGUGCGAAUGUCGACCCAGUCAGCAAACUCAUCAUAAGCACCAUCAACACCUCCUGAAAAAUGUGCUUAACAGUGCAAUACAAACUGAGUACCAAAACCUGGAUCAACUAGAGGAAGAAAAAAUACGAGAACAAAUAAAGGCCCUCGGCCCUGAGAGUUUUCCUUCUCAGGCAACACCCGCCCAGUUUUAUGCCGGAAACGAAGCCUCUUCAAGCUUAGUGACAGCAAUAGUUGCACCUGGCUGUCGCUCAUUAAAGAAAACUGCCAGUGUAUGUGGCCGUGGAUCUUCUGGGACUAUUAGGGAUAGUAAAGCUAGAGGAGACAUCAUCCACCAAGAAAUUGGUAAUACAGGAGAACUUGGCGAUGGUCACUUUAAGGACCCUUUGAUUGAGUUUUUGGCUGGCUCCAAGUCUACUUCUUUGCUGGAUUAUGACGGUUUUCUGGAACAACAAAAAGGCAUGGCGCGGUCUAAGCGUCGCGCAAGAUAUAAAUCUGAAGCAAAAAAUGGCAUUGAUUCGCUCGAGUCGCUUUUUGAAUCCCCGGACCGAGUACAUAAAACAAUGUGUGAGGAAACUGGAACGUGCUUUUUCACCUAUGAAGUUGGUUCAGAUGAGUGCUACGACGCCGACGAUGAUGGUAGCGGGUUUUAUAGCGAUAGUGAAUCUAGUCUUGAUGAGGAAACUGUUACGUCACAAUUUUUGGAAAACCUUUCCUUGCGGUCGCAACCCCCUGCCGUUGUUGCUACCACUGAUGUGAAUAGUCUUAUAAAUCUUCCUGCCGAUCGAAACGGAGCCUUUUCUGCUAAACCAAUUUUUUCUGAUAAUGCUAUCGUAACAGUUACAGAAAAGGAAUGCACUGAAGAUGAAUGUGAAGAAUGUGAAGAAUGUGAAGAAGAAAGAGAAUUAGAAUUAGAACAAGGACUAGUUUACUUGACUGUGGAUGGCACGCAAGAUGUAAAAUCUGCACUUGAGGUUUGCUCUAAAGAUCUGCUACUGCUUUGCCGAGAAAUCGAGCUACCUCUAUGCAAAGAUGAAGUCUCCAAAUCGUUGGAUCUUAAUACCUUAGAUCUCGAAAAUCUGUUAGACUUUUCUCAUAUUGGCUUUGAAGAGAUCCAAAAUGAUUCUGAUGAAGACCAGAUCCAAGAUGGGACUAGGGAUGAACCUAUCUUUAAACCUCCGACUGUUUGUUUUACUAAGGCUGCCAAAUGUGUGGCUGCAGCACUGAUUACCGGGAACUGUGUAUAUUGCCAUGCACCUCAAUGCUCUUUAGGUGAAAGGUGUCCCGCAAAUCCAUCUGUUGAGCUUUUGUCGCCUUUUGAAAAUUUCAAUUUAUAUACCCCAGAAAAUACCAGUACUCCUAUAAAUUUAGAAACAGGAGAGGAGGAAGAAGAAGAUUUAAAAGGAACCGUGAUUUUCUCUGUGCCUUCGCAAUUUUACGAGCAUAAUAGUGAAGAAAUAUUGGGGUCAAGUGUUAGUACAGGUACUAGUAUUAGCUUGGAAAAUGGGUCUAUUGUGGAUUCAAGUUCCCCUUUACUUAAAUUGACAUCGUUCCUUAAUGGAUUAAAAUUCGGGGAUCUGGAAAAGUACCCCAAACCACAUUUGGUACAUAGUGGAUCUUUAUACCCAUAUGCAUCUCAAGAUAAGAAGGGAAAUGAAGAAGGUGAAGUUUUAAGUGAUAGUAAUAGUGAUAGUGAUUUGAACAUUGAUAGAUACUUUGGGUCUGUUAACGAAGAUGACGACGAUGACGACGAUGACGAUGACUAUAAUAAUAAUAAUAAAAGUUUGGGUUCCGGCAAUAAUAAUUCCGUCAUUUCUUCAGGCACAUUAAAACGGUACUCUCAAAUUUUAAAUUCACUAGCCACUUGGUCGAUGAAGAAGAAAAAAUCUUUGAGAUCUACAGCUAAGCCAUUUGUUGAUUCCAAUAAUUUCCUAAUCACCGCAACUUGUUCUGCAACUUAUGACGAUCCCGAUACCCCAUGUUUUGACCACUCGCCUAAAAACUCAAGCACUACAAAUUCAACAGAUACCGGGGUUUUGAUGUCCAUAACUCAAAGCAAAGAUAAUUGUUUCAUGACUCUGUCCCAAAACGAGGAUUUUAAAAAUAACUUGGCCUCAUAUCAAACAGAUGGUACAACUGAAAAAAAAGAGUACCCAAUAUUAUGGCAAUAA